AUGGACAAGUUCUGGAUCCCUAUCAAGUACGCCAUCACCUCGUUGCUCGUGGUGGUGAUUUCGGAAGUUGCUAAGCGCAGCGACCGCGUCGGCGGUCUGUUGGCUGCGUUGCCGCUGGUGACUAUUCUGACUCUCAUUUGGCUUCAUGUUGAAAAGGAGUCAACGGAGAAAAUAUCGAAUCACGCGUGGUACACGUUCUGGUACGUCGUCCCUACUCUUCCCAUGUUUUUAUUUUUUCCGUGGAUGUACGAUUACCUCGAAUUUUGGUGGACGCUGUUGCUCCUGAGCGUGUUUAUCGUUCUUGUUUUUCAAGUUUUUGCUCUGUACAUGAAGAGAUGGGGAAUUGAGCUCAUGUAA